AUGAGUACUCUUGCUGAUGUGGUCAACCCAGAGAAGCCAUCCGGUGAGGAUCUUCAUCGCAAGACUGCGACAUGUCUACGGACUGUUCCUAGGUUUAAGGUGCCUCCCCGUUAUGAGAUCGCGUGCAUUCGCGAUCUCUCCUGGUUAGAUAGCAGCAGUGUCAUCGUCUUUCUCGGGGUGUGA